UCGACAUCAACCAGUCUUAGAUUUCACUUAUUUCUCUAAAUCUCUCCUUUAUUACUCUUAUAUUCUCUCCAGUCCUUUAUUACAAAAUCUACUAUCUCUCCUCAUUAUGAACGCAGGUGACUCAGCCUUAAAAGAUAUAAUCACGAUGACAGAGUCUUUGAGUUGUGAGGAACCUUCCCUAGUUUUGGUGGCUUCUAAUAAUUUUGGACAACAACUGAGAGAGGAUAAACUACUUGCUAAGAUUGUAUCAGUUAGUAAAUACAAUCUAUGGGUUCUAAAUAACACUUUAUCCAAGGCCUGGAAGUUGGAAGCAGAACUGCAGGUAAGAAGGGGUCCGAAUGGCAUUUUCAUCUUUCAGUUGCUGAUUGUCAAGAGAAGGACAAAGUCUAUGAUGAGGGACCGUGGUCAAUUGAUAACAACUUGAUUAUUUUGAACAAGUGGCCACCUGACAUUGCAAUACAAGAGGUAGAUCUUUCAUCUACAUGGUUCUGGAUUCAGAUUCACGAUUUACCACCUACUUUCUAGAAUGAGGAUAGUGUUAAGAGGAUAGCCUCGCUCUUUGAAGAAUUCAUCAGUUGGGAUAGACCAAAAUCAAGCAACGUAGAGUGGGUUCUUUCCUACGAAUCAGGGUCAGAAUUCAGGUGAGAAAUUACAAAAUCUUUCUAUUAUCACAACCAACGCUCAAGGUUCAUCAUCGUAGACUCCAACACUGAGUAAGCAGCCUCCUAAUGCUUCAGAUCAUCGCCGAUCUCAUUCCUCAAGAAAAUCUAACAGCUAUUGCCAUGUAGAUCUCCCUAAUCUUCUCUCUCUGCAUAAGAGCAGUACGAUAGCAACCAUUCCAAAGACUCUUCCUUUCUCCGAGGAUCCACAAUCUGUGACAAUAGCUGCCAUUAUGCAUAAUACUCCUAUAGAUGGGACAUUGAUCAAUCCGACAACUGCGCUUCGGGAGGCCACAACAAUCAAGGAAGAAAGGAAGGGGACCUAAGCAACUAGAAACUUCUCGUUCCAUCAAAGAGGGAUGAAAGCUCUUCUUAUUUAGGCCCGAAGAUAGUGGAAUGCCCUUUUUCUAAGCCCAUCUCACCUCCAGUCCAGCCUACCUAUUUAGAGAGCCCAGAACAAAAAUCUUUAUAGGCCAAAAAGAAAUGGGCGUUAAAGGUAACUCUCCCUCAACUUCAAUUAAAAAAACCCAAAAACCUUGACCUUUCCUUUCUUGAGCCAAAGCCUUUGGAUUGUCCAGUGCACUUGGCUAGCAGUAUUUACAAACCUGAGAUAAUUAUUUCAAGGCCCAGUCCUGCUGAAAUAGCAUCCAUCCUAAAAUUAAAAGUUCUAGCACUAAGAAAAGAAGGAAAUAACUACAACACUCAGCCUAAGGGACAAUCUGAUAUAGAGACAACUUAUGAGGAGAAUGCUAUAAUUGGGCAAGAAGGAGUAAGUGAACAGCGCAGGACUUAGAAGCGUAGAGCUCGGCAAGGCUCUCAAAAGGAAGGUGUUACUAAUCCAAAUUCACCAUCAGAGGGGUUGACUGAGGUAGAUAAUAUUCAGAGCACCGAUAUCCAUUACAGAACAUUUAAAAUGGACAAAGAAUCUUUGGAUACUCCCUUGACUAAGGCUUCGGUGACUAGCCUAAAGCCACCACAAGGGCCAUAAGGAUCGUAGCUUGGAACUGCCAGGGAAUUGGGCAAGCCCCGAUAGUUCGAGCUCUCUUGGAGCUCAUACGUCGACAUCACCCCUCCAUUGUGUUCUUGAUGGAUACAAGAAAAAAGAAGAAGUAUAUGGAAGGUUUAACAAGAAGAAUGGGUUUUGAUAAUGUUCACUAUGUAGAACCUCAGGGCCUAUCUGGAGGUUUAUGCUUAUGGUGGAACAACAAAGUGAACUUGGUUGUAAAUAAAUCUUCUCCUAAUUUUGUAGAUGUUGCUGUGCAAUUAGAGGGAAGUAAUUUUAUUUGGCAAUCUAUUUUUGUUUAUGGAUGUCCAAAUCAAAAGAACAGGAGAGAUUUUUGGAAUCAGUUACAUGAUAUCUCAUCUCCCUCCAUCCCUUGCAUCUUUGUGGGUGAUUUUAACUCUAUUGCUUCUCAGGAUGACAAAUGGGGUGGUGCUGAUUUUUCUUUCUCACAAGCAAGAGAUAUGCAUAACUUCAUCGAAUUUAGGGAGCUUAUGGACCUUGAAUGUAAGGGUCCUUAUUUUACUUGGUUCAAUAAACAAUUUGGCAGGGUAGCAAUCCUAGAAAGACUUGAUAGGGCUUUAGCAUCUAUUGAAUGGAAAGAAGCAUUCCCGAAGGCCUAUGUUUUGAAUGAAGCCCUUAUCGAAUCAGAUCAUAGUCCUCUAGUCCUGUGUUUAGACGGCUUUCAAACACCCAAGAAACAGUUCUCUUUUAAAUUUGAAGCUAAAUGGAUGCUACAUUCAGAGUGUCAGGCGGUUACCUCUUCAGCAUGGAAUCAACAAAUCAUCGGGUCACCCAUGUUCUCCAUAAUGAAAAAGUUGAAAUUUUGCAGAAUAGUUUUAAGCAAAUAGAGCAGGGAGCACUUCAAAGGGAACUAUUUGGAAAUCAAUCAGUUGACAAAUCAUCUCAAAUCUCUGUACUAGAAUCCGAUAGAUGAAGCUAAUAAUCUGAUAGAACACCAAAUUCUGUCCCGUCUUAAGGAAUUAUGGCGUAGAGAGGAAAUGCACUGGAAGCAAAGAUCCCGCAUUAAUUGGUUACAAGAAGGUGAUCGCAAUACGCGAUACUUCCAUGUUUCAACCAUG